AUGGUGGAUCGAAUCAUAGGCAGCCAAAGGAUCCUGGCGCUGCCCCUGUCAGAUCGAUACUCCUUGGCAGGGAAGGUGGCUGCUGUGCCUGACGAGCAUGGACGUUUGAUUGAGCGCCUGGCUUCAGCCGUCGCUACCUCCUUCAGCGAGGUCGGAGCCCUGAACGCCUUGUAUCUCAUGGACAUUUGCAAGGACUUGGUGCCUGGCUUCAAAGACAAAAUUCCAGACGGCCGUCUGGAGAAAGCUGCAGAGCUGUCUCCUCACAGCCGUGCAAAGGACUUCGUCCUACAGGGCCAGAAACCUCCAGAGUGGGCACGAGCUGAACAGGACAAGGGCACAGUCAUUCUGCUGCCAGAAGAAGAGGCAGACUUGCUGACUGAGACUGGCCGAGCAGUAGGUGAUGCAACCAAGUUCGUUGGUGGUGCUGCGUUUGGAGGUGUGGGCCUUGUCACUGACACGCUGGGUAUCACGAAGAAUGCGGAGGACAAGCUGGCUUCGACGGCUGAGGAUGCAGUGGACUUGGUCGGCUCGGGAGUUAGCAGUGUGGUGGGGGCCGUUGACCAGGGCUUGGACGGUACAGCAAAAGAUCUUCAGCACAAAGGAGUUGUCGGAACUGUCGGAGAUGGCGUGGCUGAUGCUGUCGACAUUGUGUCAGACUUCGUGAGUGACACCGUGACUGGCAUUGCAGAUGGUGUCCAUGGCAUCCUCAACUAUGCCACCGGCACGGAGGAAGGGGCAGCCGUGCCCGCACAAGAAACACAUCUUGUCAAAAUUGUGAUUGCAGAGCUUUUCGGUGCCGAGAAGACACUUGGGCUCCGGAUAGAGAGCCGCGUUGUUACCGCCUUCACGAAAGAAGAGGCAGUCCGAUUGGGCUGGAGACUUGGUGACUGCAUUCUCGCAGUCGGUCGUCAACGAGUCUCGACGCAGGAAGCGCUGCUGACUGGAAUCUCCAGCUGCAAGGAGGCAUUGCGAAUGAACGGGACUCCGAUCGAGUUUCUCGUUGAGAGAAUGGGUGCGAGACCCUAA